CAGCCCCUGGCUGUUAUUCAGCUGCUUCAGUCUGUUCUUCUCUGCAACAACACAGCAACGCUUCGGAAGGAAAUAAAGCUGAUUCCAUCUGGAUCCACCCUAUUGUGGAAGUCAGCCAGAAGACAUGGAAGUUAAGGCAGAUGAUGAACUGCUCAGCCAAGAGACGAAUGAGCUACAACAGGAAAGUGCCUCUGCCGGCUCCGUGGCCCCUGCCCAGGACUCUGCCGGCUCUGCGGCCCCUGCCCAGGACUCCGCCGGCUCUGCGGCCCCUGCCCAGGACUCUGCCGGCUCUGCGGCCCCUGCCCUGGGCUGGAUAAAGUGGUUUACACAACUCGUCGGUUGUGUAAGCAGCAAAGUUAAGGUCUAUAAAGUCACUACAGGAGAAACAUUUGGAGCAGAUGAAGGUCUACUGAGACAAAUGACAGAUGGGCUACAUGUGAAUUUCACAAGCCCAGAGGAGAGUGAUGUCAUCAUUGUCUUCUGUCCAAUCAGCUCUCGUGUUGGGUCAGAUGUGGAAGCAGCCAUGAGGGAGGUUUCAGAUGAUAAAAAGAUCAUUCUGGUUGUGAUGCAUCACACCCGAGAUGUCGACUACUCAACCGGUGGGAGAAGGUGGUCUGAGACUUUCAGGAAUGUUGUCCUGGAUGUUGAUGUCCUCUUCCACGAGACUGUUCCAGGACUACUGAUCUGUGAUGAAAACAGGAAGGCCGUCCGCCAAAUACAGGAUGCUUUAGCUCAGUAUAAUAAUAGUAUUGGCAUUUCUGAUAACAAUGGAAACUGGUUCCCACGACAAUUAUGGAAGAGACUCCUACCUGAGACUCAGACAGAAUCAGUCUCUGACAGCAGCAGCAAAGCCCCUGCCCAAGACUCUGAUGGCUCCGCGGCCCCUGCCCAGGACUCUGCCGGCUCCGCAGCCCCUGCCCAAGACUCUGCCGGCUCCGCGGCCCCUGUCCAGGACCCUGCCGGCUCCGCGGCCCCUUCCCAGGACUCUGCCGGCUCUGCGGCCCCUGCCCAGGACUCUGCCGGCUCCGCAGCCCCUGCCCAAGACUCUGCCGGCUCCGCGGCCCCUGCCCAGGACCCUGCAGGCUCCGCGGCCCCUUCCCAGGACUCUGCCGGCUCUGCGGCCCCUGCCCAGGACUCCCCCGGCUCUGCGGCCCCUCCCCUGGACUCCGCCGGCUCCGCGGCCCCUCCCCUGGACUCUGUGACAUAGGGCGAAGUUCGUACAUGUAAAAAAAUAAUUUGUACAACUAUACAAAUAUUAAGUAGCCUAUAUAGUUAAGUAUGUUCAACUUUAGCCGUAAUCCCUGUAGGUAAUGAUGCCAUAUGGAUCUAGUUUUUAUUUGUGUUUUAUGUACAUGUAUUAAAAUAAAUAAAUUGGUAUGGUCAUAUGGCAUUUUUAAUAGAAAAAUUGUUUACAAUAAGGCUAUGAUGGGUAGAUACAUUUAGUCAGACUAUGAUGGGAAUCAAAUUGGUUCAAGAAUGAGUCCCAGCCUUGUGGCACACAGUCCACAGUAAUUUCACACUAAUCCACAGACCAGAGUGCUGUUUCAUAGUCCAGAAAAUGCUCAAUGGCAGGGAAUCAAGUAUUCAGGGAUGUAACCUAGUGUAUAGUUGAUGGACACUCCAGCCAUAGAUAUAAAACACUGGAUGUCACAGCCUUUUGGCAUGGCAAGUCAUCUUGAUGCAUGUUUCCUGUUUUUUCAGUCAGACAACACGUUUUACCGCCAUCUGCUAUAAUGUGCUUAUUGCAUUGUUGCCAAUUGAUGUUCAGUCAAGCAGCGCUAUUUCUGAGUGAAAAUGGUGGUAAUACUGUUGGCCCCUGAAGGUUACAUUUGGCCCCAUAAUGGCCCUGGUUUCAGAAGAAUCCUAGAA